AUGUCCACUACCGACACCACCACUACCACCAAACCAGCCUGGUACCAAACCAGCGUCACGGCCAUCGACCCCGCCGCGCAAUCCAUGCUGGAGAGUUACAGCGGGCUCGCACCCGAAGAGGUCAUUUCCCAUGUCUUAGCCCUGCGAGAUGAAGCCUUCCAAAUCUUCCCUUACCCCUGCAUCGGCCAAAUGCGCUUCCUAAGCUGCCACCUCUCCCGCCUUCCCUUUUACGACCACGUGCUCGCCCGCCUGCGCGCCUCCCCGGCCAAUGGCUUCCUCGAUGCAGGCUGCUGCGUCGGUCAAGAGCUCCGACAUCUAGUCUACGCCGCCUCGAUCCCGCCAUCCCAGUUAUACGGCUUUGAUCUAGAAGCUGGGUUCUUCGAGCUCGGGUACAAGCUGUUCCGUGAUAAUGCGGAGACGUUCCCUGCUACGUUCGUGGGCGCGGAUCUAGGUGUGUCGGACGAGGAAUGGGAGAAGACCGAGAUUGUGGCGAAGAUGAGGGGGAAGAUUGAUAUUAUUUGGGCGGGCUCGUUGCUGCAUUUCUGGGAUUAUGAGGGGCAGCUCCGUGGUGUGGAGCGGUUGAUUGGGUUGACCAGGGGGGAGGUUGGGAUGGUGGUUUGUGGGAGACAGAUGGGGAGUACGGUGGCGGGCGUGUAUGAUUUGACUGGGUUGACGGAGAAGACGAUGCUGCAUUAUCGGCAUGAUGUGGCGAGUUUUGAGCGUAUGUGGAGGGAUAUUGGGGAGAAGACGGGGAGUAGGUGGGAUGUGCAGGCGGAGUUGGAGGUUGGGGAGACGACGACUAAUAUGAGGAAUAAGGCAAGGUUUAUGGAUGAUAAUGCCAGAAUUAUUUGGUGGUGUGCAACGAGGGUGGAGUAG